GCGCGUGUCAGUAUUUAGUUUUGUGAGAAGGAGAGAGGCCGCUAACCUUCUUCCUCCACACCUGCGGAACAUUUUAACUUACCAAAGAAAAAAAAGGAAUACCUCAACUUUUUUUUUUACCCAAACAAUGACGGAUUUAAGAAGUUUGGCCCCUGUUGUCCUCUUAGUGUUCACUUUGGGGACAGUUUUAGCGCAAACGUCGGCACCUGGACAAGUUUGUGAGUCCAAGAACGGCACCAGCUGUGAAGAAUGUCUGAGGAAUGUGACAUGCUUGUGGUGUAUAAGAACCAGCUCGUGUAUGACUUAUCCUGUGAGGACCAUCCUGCCGCCACAUGCCCUCUGUCCGCUUAAUGAUGCACGCUGGGGGCUUUGUUGGAUCAACUUUAGGAACUUGAUCAUCACCCUCUCAGUGCUGGGCGCUGUUCUCAUCAUUGCCUUUCUAGUGUGUCUGUUCUGUUGCUGCAAGUGUGAAAACUUUGGAGCUUCAAGGUUUGCGGCUAAAAUGGAGAGACAGGUGAACAGAACGAAAUCCAAACAGGAGGAGAGGCGGGCCGAGAUGAAGCAGAGACACCAGGAAGUCAGAAAGAAAUAUGGCUUAAACGGACCAAAUCCUUACUCCAAAUUUGGAUGAGAAUAUUCCUAAACUGGGACUUUAAUUUAACAGAGUUUUAUCCAUGACUUUUUUUGUAUCUUCAUCUUUAUAUGUUGCGAACAAAGAAGCUGUAAUAAAUUUCUACUAAUGCCUCCUU